GGAGCUGUCAAUCAGGCAACGUGGGGAAAGUGACAGAGGUGGGCCGUCCCGGUUGACACUUGGCUCUCUCCGAGGGGGGAUAUUUAACUUGGGAUUGAGCGAGGCGAGCGCAGCAGUCGCGCGGUGGCUGGGAAGGAGGAGAGCCGAGCAGAGAGGCGCAAAGCGAGCGCGCUCAGCCCGAGCAGCCAAGGAGCGAGCCAGCAGCCAGCAGCCAGCCAGGGCAGGUAGCGGGCCAGGCGCUCUCCGCAGCCCUUCAGCGAGCCGGGCCAGGAGGGAAGCGUCCGGCCUCGGAGAUCCAGCACAGCAGCCGCCCAGAGCGCUCCGGCGGCGGGCCGAGGACGAACCCCUCUCGCGGGCUGCUGCUGCGCUCCCAGCCGGCUGCGGCGAGGAGCACGCUGCCCGCAGCAGGCGACCCUCCGAGGAGAGAGCGAGAGCGAGAGAGCGCCAGCCGGCGCUGCCGCCUUGCCCUCCGCGGGGUCCUGCGUCCUACCCCCUGGGAUAAGAACUGGGGCUUGUGCGCCUGGGCGCUUUGGCGGCGGCGGCGGCGGCUCUUGAGUUUGCUUGGAUUUCUGCGGCCGUUUCGCAACUCGGAGAGGAAGCGACCGGGAGGAGAGCACCGAGGGAGAGAGCGAGCUGUUGCCCGCUCGCAGCCUCCCGAUCCUCGCGUCCUCACGCCUGGGCUGCCGAUGGGGGCGUCUGAAGCGUGAGUGUCCUUCUUUGGCCGGUUCCAGUGGGGAUUUUAUUGCGGGGGGCCCCCCGCGACUGGAGCGGCGUGUGGAGGAUGAUGGCUUCGGAGAGAGGAAGAUCGGGUGGCCCUCAAACCUAGAUUGGUGCGACGCCUGCCCGGCGAGAUCCGCCUCUGGGGCCCCCUCCAGCACCCUAGCGAGCAAGACUCCGACAUGAAGCAAAGUUCGCCGGGAUCCUUUUUGCAGGUUUCCUGGGAACCGGUGGCUGUUUGACGCGGCGGGGGGCUAGCCAGAGAACCAGCCACCCCGCAAGCAAGAAACUGCGUGCCCUUCGACUCCCCUCCUCUGCUUGCCGAGAGGGAAGGGCAGGGAAAGCGGGAAGCCCCCUGCCCACCCCCAGCCAGAAAAUUGGGAAGAUUCCUUGUGCGCCUCGCUCCUCUCUCCUUGAACCCCUCCUCCACCCCCACCCUCCCAGUGCUCCAAGCCAGCUCUCCCCCCCCCCUCACAGUUUCCCCCCAUCUAUAAAAGAGGGUUUUAUUCUUGGGCUCCGAUCUCACGCCAAACCCUGUCAUACCGUCUAGACAUGUUGUCGUGGGUCUAAGACCAGCUGUCACCAUGGGGAUGGAGACUGGUCCGCUGUGAAUUUUUUGGAGAGAGAGAGAGAGAGGGAAGGGGGGGACGCGAAUUACCAAGUGCAAAAAGAAUUUGGUUGCCCUUUGGGAGGGCUUCUUUGCAAGGAGGGGGCCGGCUCUUUCCCACCCAGCCACCCCCCAGUUCUCCCCACCCUGCCACCCCCUUUCUGCCGUUCGCCAUGCUAGCCUAGGAGCGGCGGCGGCGGAGGGGAGGGCACCAGGGAACCUCGCUUGCGUCUGUCAUCUAACCCCUUGGCGAUCUAUUUAAAGCCGGAGGGCCUGGAUGGACUUUGUCUCAGCCUAUUUAUGAAUCCCUUGGUCUUGGCAAGUGGGUCUGCAGAGCAUUAACUUGGAGCCUUGGAACAAUCGGGGGGAAGCCAGUCCACUCCAGCGCCUGGAGGGGGGCUGGACGGUGAAGGGGGGGGCGGGGACCGUCUGCCAGCGCCAGUGGACUGAGCUUGAGCUAAGGGGAGCAUGAAGGCCUCCCAGGCGCUCCUGCUCUGCUCUUCCUUGGCAGUGCUGUUCCAACGCUGCCUUCCCCAGCCCUACCUGCGGCUCAGGCCCUCUCCCAGCGACAACCUGCCCGUCAAGGACAUCAUUGAGCAUCCCGACCCGGAGUAUGACCCCAAGGAGCAAGACUUGGACGGCCGGACUUUGCACAAGAAGCUGGGCAGCAACUUUGACCCCCACUUCAUGGCGGUGGUGGCCCCAGCUCAGGUGAACCUCUCCAGUCCUGACCCAUUGCACCGGUUCAAGGUGUCGGGGCCCUUGCCCGGCGAGCUGAAAAAGCUGGACCUGGGGGAGACGCCCUACGGGGCCCGGCUCAAGAUGGGCAAGAAGGCCCGCCGGAAGUUCCUGCAGUGGCUUUGGGCGUAUACCUAUUGCCCCGUGCUGUACACCUGGAAGGAUCUGGGCAUCCGGUUCUGGCCUCGGUACAUCAAGGAAGGGAACUGCUUUGCAGAGAAGUCCUGCUCCUUCCCGGAGGGCAUGUACUGUAAGCCGGUCAAAUCGGUCACCAAGACCUUCUUGAGAUGGUACUGCCAAGGGUGGUCGAGGCAGAAAUAUUGCACCUGGAUCCCUGUCCAGUAUCCUGUGAUUUCAGAGUGCAAAUGCUCCUGCUAGCCUCACUCGUUGGGUGGGGUGCAGCCUGGAUCCAAGAGACCUCAUUGCUCUAUGUGUACGUGUGUGCGCUUGGAUCAGCUCCAGGAGAUGGAAGCUACCCAGUGCCUUGGGAUGAGGUGGAGUGGGUGCUGCUUUUCCAGCCUCACAUGAGUCCCAUCAGCAAGGUCUUGGGGUUCUGAGGGCACCUGGGAUCAUCCAGCCACAUGACUUAUGGAUAUGGCAGGUGCCAGCCCUGAGGAGGAACUGAUGGUGCAUUCAAGAACGUGGUGGUCCCAGCAAGCAUCUAGCUCUUCCAAGAUGAUAGACACAAAAUAGCAUUUGGCACACGUUCACCAGAGACAUUGCUUAUUCAUUUCUCUGUCCUCUCUUCUUUUUUCCCCAGCACCCCCUUGCACUGUAUUAUUUUUUAAUUAUUUUAUUUUAUUUGAAGGGGCGGGGAGCAAAACCUGAAAGGAGCUGCAGUGCAGGCCAGAGAAAAGCUAAGCACUACAAUGAGAUGUUUAUUUUUAUACAUAUAUAGCGUUCUAACAAAAAGAAAAUUACCAUCCUUGUAAAUAUAGAGAAUAUAAAAGGAGGAAAAUUCAGCUUUGUCUUUUUGUUGUUAUUUUUAUUAUUGUUUUUAUUAUUAAUUAAAUGAUACAGGACCACAUGUUGAACCCAGCCCUUUGGAAAUUGAACACUUUCUUUCAGCAAAUGGGAUGGGUGGAUAUAAUUCCUACAGAGAUGGCUUAUGAUACCCAACCUGAUCCAAAACCUUUUAAGAAGUUUAAUUUCUAUUUCCUGUAUUUGUUUGUCUGUUUUUCCUUCUGGACUUGUCACUGAUCUUCAGACUAAUUUUCAAAGUUCUCUAGGUUGGUUUUUUUUUUUAAUGUAUAUUGAUUAAGGAGAAUUUUUUUUUUAAAUGUAUGAAGUUAUGAAGAGUGAUUUUGUUUUGUUUUGGAAUACAUAUAGUAAUGUAGAGAUGUUAAAAGACAUUUCUGGUGUACAGUUUAUUUAUUUUUAAUGUUUGUGUAUAGGAGAAAAAAAGCUAGAGAUUAUGCCAGAAAAAUAUUGAAAAUGUUUACUUGAAUAUUCCUUUUACAACAUAUCAGUGUACAUAUUCAACCAUGACUGAUCAAAACAUUUUUAGCAAUAAACUCUAUCUUUGAAGAAAUCC